CUCCGUCAGGUCUCUGUGUUGAGCUACAGUGCCAAGUUCGCCUCCUGCUACUACGGGCCCUUCAGAGACGCUGCCCAGUCAAAACCAGCAUUUGGGGACCGGCGCUGCUACCAGCUUCCCCCCGGAGCACGAGGGCUGGCACUCCGAGCUGUGGACCGUGAUGUGCGAGAGGGGGCAGACAUGCUGAUGGUCAAGCCAGGACUGCCCUACCUGGACAUCGUGCGGGAGGUCAAGGACAAGCACCCCACGCACCCCCUGGCUGUGUACCACGUGUCGGGGGAGUUUGCGAUGCUGUGGCACGCAGCACAGGCCGGAGCGUUCGAGCUGCGCAGCGCCGUGAUGGAGGCCAUGACUGCCUUCCGCCGGGCAGGUGCAGACAUCAUCAUUACCUACUACGUGCCUCAGCUGCUGACGUGGCUGAAGGAGAAGUGAGAGACAGAGAGAGAGAGAGACGAGACCAGCACUCCACACACACACACACAGAGAGACAGAGAGAGAGAGACAGAG